AUGAGCGGCGACUGGGGCGGCGGCGGCGGCGGCGGAAGAGGCGGAUUCGGCGGAAGAGGCGGCGGCCGCGGUCGCACGGCUGGCGCGGGUCGCUUCGGCGCCAACUCGCCCCCCGGCGGCCGCGGCGCCGCGGCGUGGAAGAACAAGCGCCAGGGCAACGGCCGCCCGCGCCGGAGCUUUUCCGACGCGUCCGCGUCCGAUCAAGUCUCGCGGAGGCGCACGGGCAAGGCUGCGCGCGCGGCGCAGAGGCGCGCGGACGCGGAGGCGAACAAGGCGACGGCGGUUGAGAUUCUGGAGAUCCCCGCCGACGGCCUCGAGAUGGAGGAUCUGUGCGAAGAGCUCGCGACGACGCAGGCGGAGUUGAUCAAGGUGCUCUUCAUGAAAGGCAUCGCGAUCCAGAUGGGGCAGGUUCUGGACCGAGAGACCGUGAUCGCGGUGUGCGAGGCGAAGGACCAGGAGUGGAUGGACGCCGGGGAGGUUGGCGUGGAGGAGCAGGCGAAGAAGCUCACGUCGUUUUACGAGGAGGAGGACGAGGACGACCUCGAGACGCGGCCGCCGGUGGUGACGAUCAUGGGCCACGUCGACCACGGGAAGACGUCGCUUCUGGAUUACAUUCGAAAGGCCAAGGUGGCCGCGGGCGAGGCUGGCGGGAUCACGCAGGCGAUCGGCGCGUACCAGGUGUCCGCGGCCAUCGGCGGCGACGACGGCGAAUCGGAGCGAAACAUCACGUUUUUGGACACGCCCGGGCACGAGGCGUUCAGCGCGAUGCGCGCGCGAGGCGCGCGCGUGACCGACGUCGCGAUCGUCGUCGUCGCCGCGGACGAUGGCGUCAGACCGCAGACGAAAGAGGCGGUGUCGCACGCGCAAGCCGCGGGCGUGCCGCUCAUCAUCGCCAUCAACAAGUGCGACAAAGAGGGCGGCAACCCCGAACGCGUCAAGGAAGAGCUCGCCGCGCUCGAGGUCGUCUGCGAGGAGUGGGGCGGCACGACGCCGAUGAUCAACGUCUCCGCGAAGACCGGGAUGGGGAUCGACCAGCUCCUGGAGACGAUCGCGCUCACCGCGGAGGUGGAGGAGCUCGUCGCCAACCCGGGUUCAAACGCGCGAGGCACAGUCGUCGAGGCGUACCUGGACAAACAGCGAGGCGCGAUGGCGACGCUGCUCGUGCAGAACGGCACGCUGCGGAUCGGCGACGCCGUGCUCGUGGGCGCGAGCUGGGGCAAGGUGCGCGCCAUCACGGACGCGUACGGCGCGAAGCUCGAGGAGGCGGGCCCGUCCACGCCCGUGCAGAUCAUGGGGCUGGGCUCCGUGCCGAUGGCUGGCGAGGAGUUCGAGGUGACGGAGACGGAGACGGAGGCUAGGGACGCCGCCGUGAAACGCAGCGAGAAGGCGCGGAUCAACGUCAUCGAGGGCAACAGCGUGUCGCUGUCUAACCUCAGCGCGGCGAAGGACGACGAGGACGGCGUGCAGACGAUCAACUUGAUCGUGAAGACGGACGUCUCGGGGUCGGUGGAGGCGGUGAAGGCGGCGCUCGGGGCGCUCCCGCGCGAUCGUGUCGUCCUUCGGUUCCUUCACGCCGCCGCCGGGGAAGUCACCGAGAGCGACAUCGACCUCGCGGCGGCGUCCGAGGGGAUCGUCCUCGCGUUUAACACGCCACUGUCGGACAAAGUGUCCGAACGCGCGAAGCAGCAGCGCGUGGAGGUGAGGGCGUACGACGUCAUCUACGGCCUCGUCGACGAGGUCCGCGCGGCGAUGGAAGGGAAACUCUCGGGCGUGCAAGACGAGGUGUUCGUCGGGCAGGCGGAGUGCAAGGCGGUGUUCGGCGGCGGGAACUCCAAGGUCGCGGGCUGCCUCGUCUUGGAAGGACAGCUCCGAAUGAAAGCCAACCUGCGCGUCACGCGCAAGGGCAAGGAGGUGUUCAGAGGCAAGGUUGGCUCCUUGCGAAGGAUCAAAGACCAGGUGAAGAAGGUCGAGAGCGGGCUGGAGUGCGGCGUCGGCGCGGACCCGGAGUGGGGCGAGUGGAAGCCCGGGGACGUGAUCGAGUGCUUCGACCUCGUCGAUCGCGUCCAGACGCUCGAGUCCGCGUCCGACGAGCUCGGGAAGAAGGUGGAGGAGAUCAAAGCCGCGGAGGAAAAAGCCAAGGCGGCGGCCGCCGCCGCCGCCGCGGCGGCGCCGGAGAAGGAGGAGGAUGCGCCCGCGCCGCCGGCGCGCGGGCGGAAUCAGAGGCAGCGCGCGGGGAGUCGACGGUGA